AUGGAACCCACGGAGGACCCCUGCAAGGAACUGCGGGGCCAGGACAGUGGAGGCAAGCCCCUGGCUGCUGGACCAGAGGAGGAGCUGCUGCAGGGUUCAGCCCCCCACGCUCUGCAUGCCCCGAGUGAGGACCUGCCACUCUCUGGUGCUGUCUCAGGAGAAAAGAAGCUGCCAGAGGUCUCUGGAGAACUCACUGGGACCACUGCUGGGAGAGUGGGCCAGCCCCCCAGCACCAAGGCUCUGCACAAAGACAGAGCUCUAGCCCCACCCAGACCCCAGACCCAGGGGGAAAGUUGUUCCCUCCCAGUGAGAGAGGUGAGGGCAGGCAAAAGGCCCUAUUCCCCAGCCCCCGGUAAGCAGAAAAAGCCUAAUGCUGUGGACCUGGCCCCCACGUCAUCUCCUGGUGUCUCUAACUCAGCCCGUGCCACACACAACCCAGUGCCUUGUGGGUCAGGCCGGGGGCCCUGCCACCUGGCCAACCUCCUGAGUACAUUGAACCAGAACAGCCAAAACACAGACCAGAAAAAGGGGCCCCCAGAAAUGACCUGCCAAGUUCGGAAAAAGACUCGAACACUCUACCGCUCAGACCAGCUGGAGGAGCUGGAGAAGAUCUUCCAAGAGGACCACUAUCCUGACAGCGAUAAGCGCCGGGAGAUCGCCCAGAUGGUGGGGGUCACCCCGCAACGCAUCAUGGUAAAGGGGCUGGCUGACCGGUCACUGGGGGUGUGGUUCCAGAAUCGCCGGGCAAAGUGGCGAAAACUGGAGAAACUGAAUGGGAAAGAAACCAAGGACGAUCCGGAAGCUCCUGCCCCUGCUCCUGCCUCUGUCCCUGCUCCUGCCUCUGUCCCUGCCAGAAGUCAGUGCAGCUCUACGGCUGAGCUCCCACCCCCUGUGCUCAUGGACCCCGAGCCUGAUACUUUUCCUCAGGAGCCCCCUCCGGAUACUUUUCCAGAGCCUCCCAUGCUGCUGACAUCUGACCAGACUCUGGCGCCAACCCAACAGAGUGAGGGGGCUCAGAGGGUGGCGGGAACCCCUCCACUCUUCAGCCCCCCACCUGUUCGAAGGGCCAACCUUCCUUUUCCCCUCGGCCCUGUCCACACCCCCCAACUGAUGCCUCUGGUGAUGGAUGCUCCCAGCAGUGACAGCAGCCACAAGAAUGGCCUCUGUGGGUCCUGGGGGACAAGCAUCACCCCCCAACCCACCUGCUCAUAUCUGGAAGAGCUGGCACCUCAGGAUUACCAACAAAGCAGCCAGCUGGGGCCACUGCAGUUCCCCCAGGCCCCGCAGACCCAGUUUUCUUACCCGCAGCCCUCGCCCUUUCCCACGCCCAGUUCGCUGACACUCCCUCCACUGGAAGACUCGCUUUUCUCCUUUCCCUGCAGCCCCCGUGGGGGCAUGUCACAGGGCUAUUGCCCAGGCCCGUCCUCAGGGCAGAUCCUGCUGCAGACGCCUGCUGGGAAUAUGGGUACAGUCCCCUGGAGUGACCCCUAUUUGGCGGAACUGCCCUUCCCUGGUCUGUUCUUCCCACAAGCUCUGGGGCACCCCCCGGGAGGAGAUGGCUGCUUCCCCGAUCUAUUUCCAGCUCCCUGUGCUCAGACUAUGAGCAGGCAGGCUUCACCAGGCCUCGCCCAGCUGCCUGAAGGGGCCAGACCAGGAACUGGGCCUUUAUUCCUCAAGGCACAGGAGGAGCAGCCUGGCACUUCCCUGAAGCAGCCCUCAGCCCUGGAGGAGGUCAGAGAGGAAGACAACAGCAGCCACGGCCCCUAG